AUGAUUUCAAGAAUAGAUAGCGGCUAUACUUGUACAAGUACAUUGGCUUAUGUCAAGGAGCUUAGUGCAUACAUAAAAUCGAAUUUUUGUGGCACAUUUUGCGACGCACUAGAAAUCACAACAGUGAUGAGAUCAGUGCUUUUGUGUUCUGCUUUAUUAGUGUUAGUAGCUAGUCCUGGCGUAUUUAAUGCCGUGUGGAAUGAGAAUAUCCUCUACCACAACCCUAACGUCAGUUAUGUUUAUUCGAAUACGCCGUAUGAGGAGGCGCAAGAACCACCAAGCAUUUACCGACAGUCGCGCCGCAAUCCGUUGAUCGAUGCCUGCACCACAAACGAGGGCACUUCGGGUACAUGUCUAACGCGGUUCAAUUGCAUGCGUCAAGGCGGCACACCGAAAGGAUUCUGCACCAGUUAUGGCGUGUGUUGUGAGACAAACAUUCAGUGUGGCCGCAAUUCGAAUUUGAAGCGCACCAUAAUCAAAAAUCCCGUCCAGCUGCCAACGUCAUGUCAAUACACAAUUACACCAUACAGCAGUAAUGUCUGUCAACUGCUUAUCGAAUUUCAACGCUUUGAGUUGCGGACCCCAACCGCGGACACAGCCUCGGCCACACUGACCUGCACCGACUCCUUUUCGGUGGGCGGCUACACACUGUGUGGAGAAAAUAAUGGUCAACACUUGUAUUUGCCAUUCAAUGUGGCAGCUGGUGCUUCACAAAUCUUAUUGGACUUCAGUUUGCCCACACAAUAUUCACUAUCCACAUGGUACUUGGUGGUCACACAGCUAGAGUGUCCAGCGGCGAAAAAACGCGUUGGUAAUGGCGUUUUGCUGCCGUUUAUGGGCCAAACAAAUCUACAGGAUUUGCGUACGAUUUUCUCCACAAAGCAUAGCGAUUUGGAUUUAUUAGCACCACCCGGUUGCUUGCAGUACUUCCGUGAUCCAGCGGGCCAAAUUAAAAGUUUCGGAAGCGACUACUAUUUACCAGAUAUGAAAUAUACAAUCUGCAUAAAACCAUUGCCAGGCACAACAAUGAUUGAGUAUACUGUGAAUAGAUUUUCGCUUUCCGCGGAGCAAGAUGGCCUUUACUAUGAUGAAUCUUGCCACCCAACUAUAUACACAGAGGGGCGGCAAAACGACUAUCUGAUGAUACCGAAUGCGAUGUUCAGGGAUAAUAUGGAUUUCCAGCCGACUUACUACUGUGGACUGGGUCUAACAACAAGUCAGGUGCUAGUUGCAACUGCGCCAUAUAUUAUGUAUUUCUCCAGCGAUAGCCAGUGGAGCUCAGUUGAAACAGGUUUUAGUAUAUCGUAUGUUGUAAGGACGACAAUAAACUGA